UUGUACAGGAAGGCAGCGUACGUCUACCCGGUGGUACUGUGAUAUUGAGAGGUCAUAUAUUCUCAAAAACAAAGAAAACAAACCAGAAAGCCAGGAUGUCUGGAGAGCUGUCCCUAAACAUAAACAUCAAGGAGCCACGAUGGGAUCAAGGGACAUUCAUGGGGCGCGCCAAGCACUUCUUCAUGGUCACAGAUCCCAGGAAUGUCCUGCUGUCCUCUGAGACUCUGGAGGAGGCCAGAGUGAUUGUGGAGAACUACAGAGCCGGGAUCAUGAAGCCCGGCCUGACGGAGGAUGAACUCUGGAGAGCCAAGUACAUCUACGACUCCGCCUUCCACCCCGACACGGGUGAGAAGAUGUUUGUGAUUGGGCGGAUGUCUGCUCAGGUGCCAAUGAACAUGUCCAUCACAGGCUGCAUGCUCACCUUCUACAGGACUACUCCGGCAGUGGUGUUCUGGCAGUGGGUUAACCAGUCCUUCAACGCUGUCGUCAACUACACUAACCGCAGUGGAGAUGCCCCCAUCACCGUGAACCAUUCCCCCUGUUAUAAUGAAUGCUCUGGAGAAGAGAGCUUUCAUGAAGCGGUUCCCAAUUCUAAAUGCUCCGGUCCAGGUGGGGCUCGUUGGUCUGUGCCUGGUGUUUGCAACUCCUCUGUGCUGCGCCCUGUUCCCACAGAAAAGCUCCAUGAGCGUGAGUGGGCUGGAAGCAGAUGUGCAGGAGAGGAUACGACAGACCAGUCCCCACACCACCACCGUCUACUUCAACAAGGGCCUGUAGGACCAGACAAGACAUAUCCAUGCAGACACAGAAGACAUGCAGACACUCAUACAUAUAUACACGUCUGUUGUCCUGUGGGCACAAGUAGGAGGGCGAAACAAAAUUUUAUUUAUGCAUUUUUUUUUUUUUUUUGCUGGUGUGUGUACUACUGCACAGAGCUGCUCCAAGUGUAACAGUGGAGGGCGAUGAUAAUUUGACUCAUUUGAAAAGAAGGAUUCACUGAAGGGGGAAAAAAACUGACAGUUCUCUCUUUAAAUAGAUACAGCUCCUUAGAAAAAAGAAAAAACUGAUUCCUGAUUUUUGUUUUUGCCGUGUUGUGGUAUAUUUUCUGUCUUCCUUUGGUCUAAACUGCCUAUGUUAGGGUGGCAGUUUAUGAAGUUACCGAUUUGUGUUUGACUCACCAAUAUUUCAUGUUGCAUUCAGGUUCAUGCAAAUACUCCGAUAAAAAAUGUGUAACUUUAAAACGAAGGCUAGUGCUUUUAAGUUGUGUAUGUAAUUGCUUCUGAAUGUAACAUAAUCUUUUUUGCUUUCCAAUUCUUCCCUAUUUGUCACAUUAUUGUGUUUUAAAAAGUAAUAUUUUGAACUAUUAUACAAAUAUAAAUAUUAUACUAUUUUAUGUUAAAAUUGUUGCUGUUAAAAUGGAAAAACCAGUGCGUUAAUUAGCUCCAAAUAGUCAAACACCUGGUGAAUAACUUCCUCUUUUUUUGUACUCUGCCUCCUUGUUAACCGGUGCAGCUUCUUACUCUCUUCAACUCUCCUUAAAGUGUACUUAUGCCCCUUCAUAUUCUUAGACCAGGUAAUGAGGUGCUAGGUAUGUGAGGCAAAGAAAAUAUGUAGGAAAUAUACUACGAAAGCCCACAAAGGCACAGAGUAAAUUAGUUAACACUGAUGAGUCUGAUCUUUGUCACGAUAAAUAUGUACUGUUGCCAUGGCGUUGGCAGCCUCUUUUUCAAGGCCUUUUAUCUUUUGAGAUCACUUUAUGAACUAGUGCAGUUGCUAUCUUUAGAAGCAUAUUGACAAGAUCUUUGAUAGUUGUGAUGUUGCUAGUUUGGAGGUUUGAUGGUUGUGUUAGGUGGAAAGGAAUGUCCUGUGUUGUGGUUGUGUGUUGUUGCUGAAAGAAAAUGCUUUGAUCAGACCACAGACAACAGUGUAUUGCUGCUAUCAUGCGAAAACUUUGUAACUCCAAUUUGUUGCUUUUAAUGUUCGGACCUGACCUGAAGAAAAGCAUGAGCAGGUUGAAAGAGGUCAAAACUGCUUGGUCGUCAAGCAGAGCUGUCUAAUUAAGCUAAAGAUAACAGGGUUUUUAUGUUCAACAAAUAGCUAGCGAUCUGCAAAACUGUCCUUUGCAUUGGAGCCAUUGAUGUCCCAUUGUACCAAAUGAAGGUAGCUAAUCGUGUGUGACAGUCAAAAUACUAAAUGCUUAUAUCCAGGUGAGGGCAGUGGGUAAAUGUGUGCAGUCUUUGUUGUUGCUUCGUUAAAAUGGACAGUUUGGCUGAGUUUGCUUCUCUGAUCAAAUUCAUUCAAGUUGUAGACCAAGCUCUCCAAACACACAACUGUCCAUUGUGGUUAGAUAGUGAUGAUAGUACGUGAGGAAGUAUCAGCUGAAUUUAUCCCAGUAUAUUUUUCUUGGAAGAAUUUAUGAAUAUAGUCUAUAUAUAUAUAUAUAUGAUGUACAAUGUAUGGAGCAUAUAUGCAUGAGGGAUUUUAGAGACUUUAACUUGAAGGUGUGCCUGUGUUAGUGAAUCCACUAGAUGGCCCCAAAUAUGCAACAGAAAACAAUGUCAGCUGCUUGUGUUACAAGAGGGUAAUUUAUUGCAAAUGAGCAAGUGCUCCUAUUGCUUUUGGAAUAACAAGCCCUCAGAUUAGAUGAGUGUUCCUCUGGUCAGACUUGACUUGAGUAACAGAUUACCAAGUAUGAUUCAAUGUUUGGACUGAUUUACAAAAAAAAAAAAAAACCUAAAACCAACAGUAAGAUUGUACAGGCCAUGCUCACACUUAAAUUCAUCUCCAUCACGCAUCUUUAGUCACUUGAGUUCGGUUCUGAAAUUUGAGGUCGUACAAUCAUUUAUUUAAACUGACUUGAGUGUUACAGCAACUACACAACUGUUGCAGUUUUAUGAGGGAACUUCUGUGCAGAGAGAAAUACAUGGUUGUUUCUCUCUGUAUAGAAGAGAGAAACUUCAGAAAUUUCUGGAUCAUAUAAGUGUGAGCUUGAAAUUCAAUGGGUUUAUUCCAAAAUGCUAUCCAGAUCAUUUUUCAACAUUGUUCCCAUCUGAAAUUCAGAUUCCUAUUCUUUAAGAGUGUCUUUAUAUGACUCCUAAGUUCUGUAUGAGAAUGUCUUUGUAUUAUUUUUAUAUGAUGGAUAUCUCAUUUUGGUAUGGAAGUCUUCUUUCAGCUGUUCUUUUACUCAUCAUUGUCUUUCAAAUUUUCAUCUAAACAUUUAACUCCUGGAGCAACAAUCAAACUUUUUCUGUAUCGUCCAUUUUAACAGAUGGUAGCUACUGUCUGAGUCCCUUGCCCACUUCAGUAACAGCGAGACAUGACCACACGCACUGCAGGACAGUGUUUCCGUUACCAUCACUACUGUAUUCCAGUAUUUGUUAUAAACCGUGACUACAUCAUUAUGACAUUUUUUUUCUGCACAGUGCCAAUGGCAGUCAUUGUGUGUUUUAGGUGUUUUCCUGCUGAGAGUAAAACUGCACUAUAUAACCUUUGCUGUGCUGCUGUAGGAGCUAUUUAAAAUAUAUAUUGAAGAUUGUAUUUGUUUAUUGUGCUGGAUAACGUCGAAUGAAUCAUGUUACUGCUAAUUUGGAAUUCAUUCAUUAUCUGGCAGCUUACAUUGCUCAUAACUAGGUGGCUCAGUUUCUGCUUUUUUCCUUUGCUCUUACUGCUCUUUGAAUGGUGCCGAAAUUUCAACAAGAAAAACCGGACAGUUUUAGUGAGCAUUUCAACACAUCUGUAAACAUGUAUCUCAGCUUGUGACUGUACUGUACCACCGUAACAUGUUGCACCCAUAGAUCGAGCCAAAGAUGAGACGGGUAUGAAUUGUACAGGAUUUGAGGGGAAGAAGCGUGUAGCUUUUAAAAGUUUUCGUUUCAGCUUUAUCGCACAGACCCUUUGCCAGGCUUUUCUCGUGCAAAAACAUGUUUUAGUUUUUGGGGUUUUUUUUUUUUAAAGUUUGUCAGUAAAACACCAAUUUUUUUCAAGAACAUCUCAAAACAUCAUCAUUAACACAAAUAUAAGGGGUUGGAAAUAUAAAUAAGUCCCAACAGGCGUUUAAAUAAGCGGUCAAAUUUGUAGCAUCGAUUUGAUUGACAUUACAAUAAAAUCUCAAUAAAUUUGACUUUGUUCUACAUGGCAGCAGGGAACUUUGGCACUAAUUUAAACUUUGGUUAUUCAUGCCAUGUAAAAAAACUGCAUACUGAAGGCACAAAUGUAAAGACAAUCCCUGUUAUUGUUACACUAAUGAAUGCUUUUGGUUAUUUCAUGUACAUACAAACUUAUAUACAUGUAGUCUUGUCAGUAUUGGUACAGUGUCCAUUUUCCUCCAUUUUGUAUUGUGUUGAAAUAUAUUUCCUUGAUGUGAAAUGUAUUUUACUCAGAACAAUAGAAUAAAAUGUGUAACAUUAA